AUGGAGUUCGACGACCGCUACUUGCAGGCACAAAGGCCAAAACAUAGCUGCCUUUUGUUUGAUCUUGAUGAUACCCUUUAUCCCCUCAGCUCUGGUCUCGCAGCAGCUUGUGGCAAGAAUAUCAAAGAUUAUAUGGUCGAAAGCCUUGGCAUAGAUGAGAGCAAACUCACUGAAUUGGGUAACCUACUGUACAAGAAUUAUGGGACAACAAUGGCUGGCCUCAGGGCAAUUGGCUAUGACUUCGACUAUGAUGAGUACCACAGUUUCGUUCAUGGAAGAUUGCCUUACGAGAACUUAAAGCCAGACCCUGUUCUAAGAGGUCUUUUGCUGAGCCUGCCAAUCCGAAAAGUCAUCUUUACAAAUGCAGAUAAAGUGCAUGCUCUUAAAGUUCUUAGCAAGCUUGGCUUAGAGGACUGUUUUGAAGGGAUCAUUUGCUUUGAAACUUUGAAUCCUACCCAUAAGAACACUGUUUCCGAUGAUGAGGAUGACAUAGAAUUUGUAGGAUCAGCUGCUACUGCUACUCCCUCCACAACUAAUGGCUCUAACACAACUACAACUAGUGCUCCUGAAAUUUUUGACAUCAUUGGACAUUUUGCUCAACCAAACCCCAGUUCAAUAUUACCAAAGACACCUAUUAUCUGCAAACCAUCUGAGGCUGCCAUAGAACGCGCUCUCAGGAUAGCCAAUAUUAAUCCUCAGAGAACUUUGUUCUUUGAUGAUAGCGUCCGGAACAUACAGGCUGGAAAACGUGUGGGCCUUCACACCGUUCUGGUUGGCACUUCUCAAAGAGUUAAAGGUGCAGAUUUUGCACUAGAAAGCAUUCAUAACAUCAGGGAAGCACUACCAGAACUUUGGGAAGCUGACAUUAAGUCAGAAGUUGGUUAUCCAGGCAAGGUUACAGUGGAGACACCUGUCACAGCUUAG